GCCGCUCCGGCAGCCCUCGUCCACGGCCAAGGUGUGUCUGGUGUGCGGGGACGAGGCGUCGGGCUGCCACUACGGCGUGGUGACGUGCGGCAGCUGCAAGGUCUUCUUCAAAAGAGCCGUGGAAGGCCAGCACAACUAUCUCUGCGCCGGCAGGAACGACUGCAUCAUCGACAAGAUCCGAAGGAAAAACUGCCCGGCGUGCCGCGUACGCAAGUGCCUUCAGGCCGGGAUGAACCUCGGAGCUCGCAAGUCCAAGAAGUUGGUGAAGUUAAAGAGCGUCGGCGAGGACGCCAAGGAGCCUCAAACGGGCGGCGUGGGAGGCGACUUCCUGCCCUCGGAGAAGGAGCUGAGCGCGCCGGCCAGCACCACCUUGGUGCCGCACGGCCUCGGGGCGGUCACACCUUUCCUGCCGCCCUCCAUCUGCAGCGUGCUGGAGCUCAUCGAGCCCGAAGAGGUGUACUCGGGCUUCGACAACACGCAGCCCGACACCAGCGACCACCUGCUGUCCAGCCUCAACUGCUUGGCCGGCAAGCAGAUGGUCCGCCUGGUCAAGUGGGCCAAAGUACUUCCAGGUUUCCGGGGCCUGCCCAUCGAGGACCAGAUCACGCUGAUCCAGUACUCCUGGAUGUGUCUGUCCACCUUCUGCCUCAGCUGGCGCUCGUACAAACACACCAACGGACAGAUGCUCUACUUCGCCCCGGACCUCAUCUUUAACGAGGAGCGCAUGCAGCAGUCGGCCAUGUACCCCCUGUGUCUGGGUAUGAGACAGGUGAGCCAGGAGUUUGUUCGACUGCAGCUCACCUACGACGAGUUCCUGUCCAUGAAGGUGCUGCUACUCCUCAGCACAAUUCCCAAAGAGGGUCUGAAGAACCAGGCAGCGUUCGAAGAGAUGCGAGUCAAUUACAUCAAAGAGCUCCGGCGUUCCGUGGGGAAAGCGACCAACAACUCGGGCCAAACCUGGCAGCGCUUCUUCCAGCUCACCAAGCUGCUGGACGCCAUGCAUCAUCUGGUGGGGAGGCUGCUGGACUUCUGCUUCUACACCUUCCGAGAGUCGCAGGCCUUGAAGGUGGAGUUCCCCGACAUGCUGGUGGAGAUCAUCAGCGACCAGAUCCCCAAGGUGGAGUCGGGCCUCACACACACCAUCUACUUCCACAAGAAGUGACGCCCGGGGGGUAAAACACGCGGGAACUCAAACCCCAGCCAGGGACGCCACCUUGGCGCCUCCCUCCCCGCCCCCCGCCUUCAGGACGCCGCCGGUCGGUCCUUGUCUGAAACCAGAAGGGCGGGAGCGGCGCAGGACUUGCGACAAAAGUGUGUAAAUGUUGCCCCGCCUCCCUUCCCCGUACGCCAUCUUGGAGACAAAGCCAUAGCAGAACGUGGGCGUGGUGGUGGAGACGUAGGUAGGUAGGUAGGUGGUGGACCCGCAGAUCCCAACAUGUAGCUUGCAGACACGCUCCACUCCCAAGGGCUACUUGACACUUUCCUCCACAUAUACACUCGGCUUCUUAGUGAGUGCUGAGUCAGCAGCUGCUGCUCUGCUGGUCACAAAUGUUUAGUAGCAACAUUCACACAGUCUAAGGCAGCCGUGUCCGGAGGUUGCCCACAGCCACAUUUGCGACAAAUGUUGUUUUUUUUCCCCCCCGACCCCGGCGCUUAUUUAACUUUGUAGGCAGGAGACUCCAACGCUCGGACAAUUUAGAGUUCAGUUGAAUUUUUGUGGGGUUUUAAAACAAUAUUUUCCAAUUCAGUUUGUUAAAAUUCCAGUUGUGAUAAAAACAAUUUAAACAUGGCUGAUGAAUUUAAUGAUUGUUAAUAAUC